AUGACUUGGAUGGAGUCGCCACAGCCUGCGAAUGUCUUCGGGGCCUCGAUCACCUCGACGACGGGCAUCGCGGCGCGCACAGCGUCGGGGUCCAGCGCGAGCACCAGCGCGAGCAACAGCAACAGCGCCGGCGUCACGACCGCCUCGUCGUCCUACAAGCGCGCCAGCCGGAAGGGCGCGCCGCGACGCUUUGUGUGCGAUCAUGCCGGGUGCGACAAGAUCUACUCGCGCGCCGAGCAUCUGCAGCGCCAUCAGCUGAACCACAACCCGAAGGAGAUUUACCGCUGCGACGUUGGCGACUGCGACCAGAAGUUUGUGCGACUGGAUCUGCUGUCGCGCCACAAGAAGCGACACACGGCCUCGUACACGCCGAGGAACCGCAUCCCCAGCUUCGACACCGGGGGCGAUGCCACGAUCAAGUCGCCGCCGGAUCGCCAUAGCGUCGCCGCCCAGCCGCAGUCACAGCCGCAGUCGUCGUACAGUCAGCAUCACCACCAAGUGUCGACGUCGGGGCCUCACGAUGCCGCCAUUCUGCUGACUCCCGACUCCAACACGGGAUCAACUCCCGCGCCGCUGAACCAUCCGCUGACGACGGGCAGAGCAGCCCAUCCAAGCACGACGUGGGCGCCAUCGCUUGACGACCGCACGGCUCCAAGCAACAUCAUGAGACAUAGGCCGAGUUUCUACGCAACCGACCCGUCGGUUCUGCCGGAAUCGUCUGGCAUGGUGGGCUUUGGAGGCGUUGGGUAUCCUGGCGACGACUCCUUGUCGCAAGGCAACUUUGCCGCUUGGCUAUUCGACCCUCAAACCACCUACAGCGAUUUCAGCAUGGCGGGUCUUCCUUUCCUUGAAGGUGGCCUGGAGUCUACUUUCAACAACAACAUUCACUACGACUACGAGUCUCUCACCAGUUUGUCGCCCAUGGACCAGCCUCACCGACUCUCCGAGUCGUCAUCAGACGACUGGAUCACGGAAGCAAGGCGGCAAGAGCUGCUUCACUGGUUCCAAACCUUCCGCAAGAAGCAGCCGAGAUACGAGCCACUGAUGCCCAACCUGGUCCUCGAAAGCGGCGGCGACAUGCCUGCGCUAAACGUGGACAUGAUGAGAGACUGUCUCAAGGAAUUCUGGGAUAAUGUCUCGCCUCGACUCCCCAUUAUCCACCAACACACAUUCUCUCCGAACCGAUGCCCCGUUCUGCUCCUUCUUGUCAUGAUUUCCCUCGGUGCUGCAUCAUUACGGGGCCGCGAUAUGACGGGACAACUAUCAGAAUAUGGCCCCUUUGCAGAUGUAAUAAUUUCUUGUGCGCGAUGGGAGAUCUUGACCUCUGAUGAUUCUGCGCCACCUGCUAGUCUCUGGGUUUUACAGGCUCUCCUACUUCUCGAAUUUUACGAAAAGCUGUAUUCGUCUCGAAAACUGCACGAGAGGGCGCAUAUCUACCAUCCCGCAUUUCUAACGCUGCUCAGACGCGGAAGUCCCUUGAUUGGCAGAACGGGCAGUGAAUCCCCACCUGAGCCAGAUUCGCUGGGACCAGAUCGAGAAACACCGAAUAUGGCGCUAGAUUCCCGGACGUGGUGGGCUCGAUGGGCAGAGACGGAGUCGAUGCAUCGGGUCGUGUUUGCGGCGUUUAUGCUCGACGUUAUCCACGCCGCAAUGUUUGGCCACGCGGCGGACAUGGCGCCCCACGAAAUCCGACUGCCGCUCCCCUGUGACGACAACCUCUGGGCGGCGAAUAGCCCGGAUGUGGUUCGUCAACUGGAUGCCAACUUUAGAAUGUACGGCGUGAAGCAGGUCUCUUUCCUAGACGGACUGAAAAGCGCACUGCAUGGAAAGGAGGUCAAGACGCAUUCGUUUGGACGUAUGAUUAUCAUUUCGGGGUUGCUGAGCGUGGGGUGGCACUUAAACCACAGAGAGACGCAUCUGAAAUGGCUGGAUAUCCGGACGCCAUCGAUGGAGACGCAGGAAAAUUGGCGCAAGUUGCUUCUCAGAGCAUUUGACAACUGGAAGGGCAGCUUUGAUAUUGCCAUGUCCGACUCCAUUUCCGAUGCCCCUGGUCACCGAGGCAUCCCCAAUGGCCCUAUCAACAGCGCCUCAGUUCUCUAUCACCUCGCCCACAUAAGUCUUCACGCAGAUAUUGUCGAUUGCCAAGUUUAUGCCGGCGCCAAGCGUCUUCUUGGGCGCAAAGUCUCAUCCAGGGACUAUUCCAAUGUCAUCAAGCGCAUGAGCACCUGGUCAAACCAGGGGUCGACCCGCCAUGCUAUUCUCCAUGCUUUCAAGCUCCUCUACCGCGUUGUUGUCGACCCCCACCCUCGACGUCGAAACAGCCCUCACCCGCCCGAACAUGCCGCCAUUCAGUAUUCUAUCCGGAACGAGCCCGACCCUCACCGACCGUGGAUCAUGUAUUAUGCCGUGUUGGCCAUCUGGGCGUUUGUACAAGCUUUGGGGCGUCCUCCCGGAAAGGGCUUUCCGCUGCCCACAUCGCAGCUUGGACAUAGCAGUUAUGCGCGGAUGGUCGAGUACGUAUCUAGUGUUGCUGCGCUGCAAGAGCUUGACGAGCAGGCAUCAGCGGUGUUAUACGAAGGUUUGCCAGAUCUACUUGACGUGAUGGUCGACAUCCUUGAAGAAGCAGACACAGAGCUGCUGUCAGAAGCACGGGAACGGUUAAAAGUGUGCAAAGAGGUGCUACUGGGAGGACUUCCUCGGCAGCUACACUGA